AUGCUUUUCAAGGUGUUCCUGGCCUUUCUCGUCGCUGCCGCCGUUGGCCUGGACCUCAAUGCAAUUAGUAAGUCCAGUUAUGACAACUUUUUUUCUUUUCUACUAGCCUGGAAAAAUCUCGAAGAAAUUAUUUCAAAAAGUUCCUAAAAAAAAACGAUCCGAAAAAAUGAUUGGAUUUCCACUUUGAUUCUCAUUCCUUUUUUGAAGAUCAAUUUUAGAACGACAAAAAACAACUGAGCCCCCUCCGACCACUUUGGCCCCUAUCAGCUACACGAUAGUCGAUCCUGGUGAGUUGAAAACGAGUCGGACUUCAGUUUCUCUUCGUUUUUGAAGGUCCGCAAGCCGUCAAGUGCGACGGCGCCUGCCCUACAGGAUGGCUCUAUUACAGCGGGAGUUGCUACAGAGUCGGUUCCUUUUCCGAAUUUCAGCGGCCUUCUAGACGAGAUGGGAUUCAGACCUUAAAGUGGAAUUCGGUUUUUAAAAUUGUCAACGAGAUCCUCACAAUCGAGAAUUGAUUUUUGUAUGUGGUGUUUGUUGCGAAAUUAGAAAUUUUGAGAAAAUGUGAGAAAUGAAAAAAAAAACUUUUUUACAAUUAAAAUUCAAGUAAUGCAUUAUUUUCUACUGAAAAUAUGCGUCAUAAAACCAAAUAUUGCGAAAAGUAGAAAAAAUUUUGAGUUGCGAUUAAAUUAUAUGGAGAAAUAAAAAGCUCUCAGAACACGUCUCCAAUUGUUGAAAAAGUCGUUCAUGUUUUCAGAAGUACAGCAGCAGCAUGACAUUCUCCGAAGCUCAGAACAGUUGCGUGGGUCUGGGGGCCAAACUGGCUUCCAUCCAGAGUCAAGAGGAGAACGACGUCUUGCGAAGUUGGUUCGAUUGGAGCGUUAGAUCAAACAGAUAAGACUUCUUAUUUUUUCAUCAGAAGCUUUUGAUUCCAACAAUGUCGUGACCUUGAAAGAACAAGCGUGGAUCGGCUUGAAGAAGGUUUUUCCCACCUUAUUUCCAAAAAAGGCGAAAGUUGUAGCAAGCAGGUGGCUGGGCUUGGACCGAUGGUUCUCCGGUUGCAUUUACGGAAUGGGCAGCGGAGCCGACGACCAAGAAUUGCGCUUUGGUAGAUAUUGCGAUUUCAACAGAUUUGACUUCAGAUUUCAGUUUUUUGUCGACUCCCUGACUACCUACGACUAUCAACGCGGACUUUGGAAAGAGUUCAAUUGCACGCAAGACGCAGGAUCCUACAUUUGCGAAAAAGUGGCAGCAGCUUGA